GGACAAAUCUGCAUCCUGACAGACUGAAGGGGACUGAAAACAUCUGCAGUCAAUAAAAGAGAAAACUAAAAACUCUUCUCAUGGAUUCAAACGAAGCCAGGAUGAGUGGAAGAAUCCGACUAUCGAUAUUCCUGUGUCUCGCUGUGACGACCACACCUAUUGCUAACGCGAUGACUUCGUCGACUUCAACUGCAACUAAUCCCACAACUUCAACAACCGAUGCCGCUACAACUGCAACUGAAGAUACGACUACAACAACAGAUGCCAAUACAAGUACAGCUACAACCGAUGACACAACUACCACAACAGAUGCCGCUACAACUACAACAACAGAUGCCACUACAAGUACAACUGAAGAUACAACUACAACAACAGAUGCCGCUACAACCACAACUACAACCGAUGACACAACUACCACAACCGAUGCCGCUACAACUACAACUGAAGAUACAACUACAACAACAGAUGCCACUACAAGUACAACUGAAGAUACAACUACAACAACAGAUGCCACUACAAGUACAACUGAAGAUACAACUACAACAACAGAUGCCGCUACAACCACAACUAUAACCGAUGACACAACUACCACAACCGAUGCCGCUACAACUACAACUGAAGAUACAACUACAACAAUAGAUGCCACUACAAGUACAACUGAAGAUACAACUACAACAACAGAUGCCGCUACAACCACAACUACAACCGAUGACACAACUACCACAACCGAUGCCGCUACAACUGAAGAUACAACUACAACAACAGACGCCACUACAAGUACAACUGAAGAUACAACUACAACAACAGAUGCCGCUACAACCACAACUACAGCAGAUGACACAACUACCACAACCGAUGCCGCUACAACUACAACUGAAGAUACAACUACAACAACAUAUGCCACUACAAGUACAACUGAAGAUACAACUACAACAACAGAUGCCGCUACAACCACAACUACAACCGAUGACACAACUACCACAACCGAUGCCGCUACAACUACAACUGAAGAUACAACUACAACAACAGAUGCCACUACAAGUACAACUGAAGAUGCAACUACAACAACAGAUGCCACUACAAGUACAACUGAAGAUACAACUACAACAACACAUGCCGAUACAACCACAACUACAACCGAUGACACAACUACCACAACCGAUGCCGCUACAACUGAAGAUACAACUACAACAACAGAUGCCACUACAAGUACAACUGAAGAUACAACUACAACAAGAGAUGCCACUACAAGUACAACUGAAGAUACAACUACAACAACAGAUGCCGCUACAACCACAACUACAGCAGAUGACACAACUACAACAACAGAUGCCACUACAAGUACAACUGAAGAUACAACUACAACAACAGAUGCCGCUACAACCACAACUACAACCACAACCGAUGCCGCUACAACUACAACUGAAGAUACAACUACAACAACAGAUGCCACUACAAGUACAACUGAAGAUACAACUACAACAACAGAUGCCGCUACAAGUACAACUGAAGAUACAACUACAACAACACAUGCCGCUACAACCACAACUACAACCGAUGACACAACUACCACAACCGAUGCCACUACAACUGAAGAUACAACUACAACAACAGAUGCCACUACAAGUACAACUGAAGAUAUAACUACAACAACAGAUGCCACUACAAGUACAACUGAAGAUACAACUACAACAACAGAUGCCGCUACAACCACAACUACAACCGAUGACACAACUACCACAACCGAUGCCGCUACAACUACAACUGAAGAUACAACUACAACAACAGAUGCCACUACAAGUACAACUGAAGAUGCAACUACAACAACAGAUGCCACUACAAGUACAACUGAAGAUACAACUACAACAACACAUGCCGAUACAACCACAACUACAACCGAUGACACAACUACCACAACCGAUGCCGCUACAACUGAAGAUACAACUACAACAACAGAUGCCACUACAAGUACAACUGAAGAUACAACUACAACAACAGAUGCCACUACAAGUACAACUGAAGAUACAACUACAACAACAGAUGCCGCUACAACCACAACUACAGCAGAUGACACAACUACAACAACAGAUGCCACUACAAGUACAACUGAAGAUACAACUACAACAACAGAUGCCGCUACAACCACAACUACAACCGAUGACACAACUACCACAACCGAUGCCGCUACAACUACAACUGAAGAUACAACUACAACAACAGAUGCCACUACAAGUACCACUGAAGAUACAACUACAACAACAGAUGCCACUACAAGUACAACUACAACCGAUGACACAACUACCACAACCGAUGCCGCGACAACUGAAGAUACAACUACAACAACAGAUGCCACUACAAGUACAACUGAAGAUACAACUACAACAACAGAUGCCACUACAAGUACAACUGAAGAUACAACUACAACAACAGAUGCCGCUACAACCACAACUACAGCAGAUGACACAACUACCACAACCAAUGCCGCUACAAGUACAACUGAAGAUACAACUACAACAACAGAUGCCACUACAAGUACAACUGAAGAUACAACUACAACAACAGAUGCCGCUACAACCACAACUACAACCGAUGACAUAACUAUCACAACCGAUGCCGCUACAGCUACAACUGAAGAUACAACUACAACAACAGAUGCCACUACAAGUACAACUGAAGAUAUAACUACAACAACAGAUGCCACUACAAGUACAACUGAAGAUACAACUACAACAACAGAUGCCACUACAAGUACAACUGAAGAUACAACUACAACAACAGAUGCCACUACAAGUACAACUGAAGAUACAACUACAACAACAGAUGCCACUACAAGUACAACUGAAGAUACAACUACCACAACCGAUGCCACUACAACUACAACUGAAGAUACAACUACAACAACAGAUGCCACUACAAGUACAACUGAGGAUACAACUACAACAACAGAUGCCGCUACAACCACAACUACAACCGAUGACACAACUACCACAACCGAUGCCGCUACAACUACAACUGAAGAUACAACUACAACAACAGAUGCCACUACAAGUACCACUGAAGAUAUAACUACAACAACAGAUGCCACUACAAGUACAACUGAAGAUACAACUACAACAACAGAUGCCACUACAAGUACAACUGAAGAUACAACUACAACAACAGAUGCCACUACAAGUACAACUGAAGAUACAACUACAACAACAGAUACCACUACAAGUACAACUGAAGAUACAACUACAACAACAGAUGCCACUACAAGUACAACUGAGGAUACAACUACAACAACAGAUGCCGCUACAACCACAACUACAACCGAUGACACAACUACCACAACCGAUGCCGCUACAACUACAACAACAGAUGCCACUACAAGUACAACUGAAGAUACAACAACAACAACAACAGAUGCCACUACAAGUACAACUGAAGAUACAACUACAACAACAGAUGCCACUACAAGUACAACUGAAGAUACAACUGCAACAACAGAUGCCACUACAAGUACAACUACAACUGAUGACACAACUACUACACCCGAUGCCGCUACAACUACAACUGAAGAUACAACUACAACAACAGAUGCCACUACAAGUACAACUGAAGAUACAACUACAACAACAGAUGCCACUACAAGUACAACUACAACUGAUGACACAACUACAACAACAGAUGCCACUACAACUACAACCGAUGACACAACUACCACAACCGAUGCCGCUACAACUACAACUGAAGAUACAACUACAACAACAGAUGCCACUACAAGUACAACUGAUGACACAACUACCACAACCGAUGCCGCUACAACUACAACUGAAGAUACAACUUCAACAACAAAUGCCGCCACAACCACAAUUACUACUGAUGACACAACAACAAGUGCCGCUUCCACAAUUAUGACAACAGAGAUCACUUCAACAGCCAAUGCUCCUAUAACUUUGACUGUUCAAGCAACUACAAUGGCAGCCGUGACAACUGCUCCCGCAACACUAACCUCUGCUCUCUCAACAACCAAUUCACCCCCAUCCACCCCCACAACUACAGUCACGACAUCUACAACUCGAGCUCGUACACGAAUUGUCGUUAUUGCAUUUAUCAUUUUGAUACCAUUCACAAACGAUCUGAAUGAUCCCAGCAGUCCCGCAUUCAGAGCACUUGAAGCACCAAUUUUGGUGCUGUGUAUAUCAGUCUACAGACCACGGUUCCCAUCUUUCACACGUUGCUUUGUCAGACGCUUCAGACCAGCUGCAGCUCGAACACGAAUUGAAAACAUUGAGGCAGAUAUUGAGGUUCAGUUCAACUCAACUGUACCAUCUUCAGAAAUCCCACCAGCUGAUAUCGUUCUUGAUGCUUUGAUGGUGGCUGUAUCCAGUGCCAACAACACUGGCAACCUUUCCAUAGACCCAAACACUUUCAGAAUCACUGAAACAAACAUCGCAAAUUUAACAACUGCAGCUCCAAAUGCAACAACUGUGGCUCCAAAUGCAACAACUGUGGCUCCAAAUGCAACGACUGCAGCUCCCAGUCCAACAAGUGCUACUACAACUGCAGCUGCAGUGUCAAUAACAAUUUUGACAUUCACAUCUCGUGGAGAGACAUUUACAGAUGACUUGUCAAAUUCAUCAUCUGCUGCAUUUAUGGCUCGGAGAACAUUAAUAACAACCAAUAUUGACCCUUUCUACCAACAAGAAUUUGAUGAUGCAUUUCGAGGGUCAGGGGUGUUGUCAUUCAGCAAUGGAUCAAUCAUCAACAACCUGACACUGGCAUUUCUAUUGUCAUCUGUUCCUAACGACACUCAGAUCGCAAAUGUUUUGGCUACUGCAGCUCAAAACAUCACGGCCUUCAACAUUGACCCGACUUCUAUUUUAGUGAACAAUACAGCCACUGAAGUGUCAGGUGGGGUGAGCCACAAGAUCAGCCUGGUCACUGCGUCCGGCCUGGUCCUGCUGUCGUGGCUGCUGUCGUGUCAGCAGUAGCACCUCUGCUGACAUCCAACAUGAAACCAGACUCUCACUUGGAUGAAAGGAACUACGACUAUAAUGAAAUUCAGGAAGAAAAAUUCUUUGGGGUGAUUAGACUUGAUCGAUCAAUACUUUGCUGUUCUGACAUUCAGUAAAUUCAGACUUUGAUGUAUCUACACUGUAAAACCACCAAACAUAUUUAUUGUCCAACAUUAAACAUCUUCCAUCUUCUGAGGCUUUAUUUUAAAUUAAGGAAGUUUUAACAAGACUUUGAUUUAUUACAAAUUGCUCAUCCAAAUUAAUUCAGCUCAAAUCAUAAUCCAGUCUCCUUGAAUGUUGAGGCAAUAACCAAAUGUAAAUGUGUAUGAUUAUCCAGUGUUUGAGUAUUUAAAUAUAUUUACAGAAUAUUUGUUUUCUUUCACCUUUCCUUUAUUUUGUGUAUCUAAACUCAGGGAUGCUCUACAGUAUGAAUAUGAUUUGGUAUGCUUUUUUCUGUAUUACAAAAACAGUCUUUGCCAUGUAAAACAGGUAGAGAAAGUUGUAUCUUAAUUUCCUGAAGAUACUUCUAUUAAACGUAUUGCAAAUAUG